GUAUGGUCUUAGCAAUGACUCUUAAUGGAGGCAUUGGAUAUUAGAACAGAUUACCUUGGAAAUUAAAGGAAGAUCUAUAGAGAUUCAAGAAAAUUACAACUGGCGGGAUUGUGAUAAUGGGAAGAAAGACAUUUGAAUCAAUGAACUGUAAACCUCUACCUAAUAGAGUGAAUGUAGUUAUUUCAAAAAAUAUGAAAUCUUCAAAUGAUUUUUAAGUGUUUCCUAGAAUAGAUGAUGCAUUACAAUUUUAUAAUACAUCUAAUCAAAAAUUGUAUUUAAUUGGAGGAAAGAGAAUCUUUGAAGAAGGUUUAGCAACUGAUAAAUGUUCAGAUGUUCAUUUAACUAGAAUAGGAGUUGAAACUAAAUGUGAUGUUUAUUUGAACAAAAAUAUGUUUUCUACAUUUUAAGUAAAUAAAACUAGUUAGACAAAAAGUGAAAAUGGUAUAAAUUAUGAUUAUUAACAUUUAAUUAAUAAGAAUUCUUAAGAAUAAUCAUAUAUAAAUGAAGAACAUUAAGAAAAUCAAUAUUUAGAUAUGAUUAGAAAAAUAAUGAAGGAAGGAGUAUAUAAAGAUGAUAGAACUGGAGUAGGAACUAUAUCUAUUUUUGGUUAAACAAUGAGAUUUAAUUUAGCUGAAUCAUUUCCUUUAUUAACAACAAAAAAAGUAUUCUUUCGUGGAGUUGUAGAGGAAUUAUUAUGGUUUUUAAGAGGGAAUACUAAUGGGAAAUUAUUAUUAGAUAAAGGAGUUAAGAUAUGGGAAGGAAAUGGUACUAGAGAAUAUUUGGAUAGUAUUGGUUUAUAAAAUAGAUAGGAACAUGAUUUAGGACCAGUUUAUGGAUUUUAAUGGAGACAUUUUGGAGCUAAAUAUAAAGAUUGUUAAAGUGAUUAUACUAAUUAAGGUGUGGAUUAAGUGAAGGAAAUCAUUGAAUAAUUAAAAAAUAAUCCAGAUAGUAGAAGGAUAAUAUUAUCAGCUUGGAAUCCAAUGGAUAUAAAAUAAAUGGCAUUACCACCAUGUCAUGUAAUGUCAUAAUUCUUUGUUUCAAAUGGAAAAUUGAAUUGUAUGAUGUAUUAGAGAUCAUGUGAUUUUGGUUUAGGAAUACCAUUUAAUAUAGCUAGUUAUGCAUUACUUACAUAUAUGUUGGCAAAGGAAUGUAAUUUAAAUAUGGGAGAAUUUGUUCAUGUUUUGGGAGAUACACAUAUUUAUAGUAAUCAUGUAGAUGCUUUAAAGAAAUAAAUUGAAAGGGUUCCAUAUCCUUUUCCAAUUUUAAAAAUAAAAAGUAAUAAGAGUUUGUUUGAUUAUACAUAUGAAGAUUUUGAAUUAAUAGGAUAUAAUGCUCAUGAUAAAAUAGAAAUGAAAAUGGCUGUUUGA